UUUUUUUUCAAUUCGAAUAAUUAUAAUAAAUCUUCGUUAAUUAAUAACAGUGAGGAUUUUAUAAAGAAAGAAAAAAAGAGAAAGAGAAAGAAAGAUUGAAUUUCCGAAAUAAGAAAUUUCAAGAAUUGUAGCUUAGUCAUCAAAUUUGAAGCUAUUUACACUUACAUGGUUUGAACAAGUCACAAUCCGAGAAAUGGUCGCUUUUACUAUUUAGUAUACCAAUUAGUAAAUUACUAAUAUAAUUCUUCCUUAGAGUAACCUUAUGGUUGAUCGUUUUCUAUAGUCGGUCAUUGCAAUAUACAUCCAUGUCGAUCACCACUACAAACGCCCUCCGCGCCCUUCCUUCUCCUUGAACCCCACUCCUAUCAACUGAAUAAAGGGUGUUUGGAAUUUCUAACUAAAAUGAUUGGAAAUCUUACAAAACUUCGAAUAAAUAUUAAUAUAUCUUCUUCAAUUGCAGGUAUACAAUCACCAAUCGAAAAUCAUCAUACAUAUUUCACAACGACGACUAUGAACAAAAAUGACCCCUCUUCUACAUCUGAGAUCACCCAACCAGAGAAACAAAUCAAUCUUCUUCGGGGGUGGCCAAACACCGGGCUACUCCCAACAGUAGCCAUUCAAAAUGCAGCAAACAAAGUCUUUACAAACGCGGAUCUUGCUAAUCCAGGAUUAUUAUACGGACCUGAUCAAGGACCAGCGAGUUUGAGAGAGAGCGUCGCUACAUGGCUUCGAGAAUUUUACUCCGCAUAUUACCCUUCCUUAAGCUCCAGCACCAGUGUCGAGAAAGAAAACUUCCCAUUGAAUCAAGAUAACCAAGGCAAAGAUAUUUCACCAGAAGCAGAUAGGAUAUGUAUUACAGGAGGAGCAUCACAGAAUCUAGCAUGUAUAUUGCAAACGUAUACGGAUGCGAUGGUUACGAGGGUGUGGAUGGUUACGCCGGGGUAUUUCUUGGCGGGAAGGAUUUUUGAUGAUAGCGGACUGAGGGUCAAGGCUGUUGGGGAGGGGGAUGAGGGUGUGAAUUUGGAGGAUCUGGAGAGAAUGAUGGAGGGAGCUGGGAAGGAGGAUAUGGGGUUGAAGGUACGUUUGUGGGGUUGCACGUGAUAUUCAACGUCAGUUACGAUGCGAUGAGAGAUAUGAGGCUAAUGAUUCUGAAUAGCCUAUUAAAGAUGCGAAAUCCAGGCCUUGGGGAAAAAUCUAUAAAAAUAUCAUCUACUGUGUCCCUACCUUCUCGAAUCCAUCUGGAAAAACCAUGUCUCUAUCAUGUCGCAUCUCUCUCGUCAAAUUAGCUCGCAAAUACGAUGCUUUAAUCAUUACAGAUGAUGUCUACGAUUUUCUCCAAUGGUCUACCACUUCAUCUCCCUCGAAUGGUCCUCUCAAAAAAGCCUUCUUACCACGACUUGUAGAUAUUGACCGUACACUUGAGCCAAUCCCAGAUUCAGAGGCUUUUGGGAAUGCAGUUAGUAAUGGCUCUUUUAGUAAAAUAGCCGGCCCAGGCGUGCGAACAGGAUGGACUGAAGCAACUCCUAAAUUCGCGUUGGGACUAGGUUUGGUGGGUAGUUCGAGGAGUGGUGGGUGUGCAAGUCAAUUGACUGCUACUAUUAUAGACCAGGUAUUGAGAUCUGGUGAUCUUACGAGACACAUUGAGGAUGUGCUUCAACCUGCUUUUAGGAAUCGAUAUGAAAGGAUAAUGGAAGCAAUCAAGAGGGAGUUGGGACCACUCGGUGUGAGAGUUGAAAAUACCGGCGCAGAAUCAAAGGAAAUUAAAGUCUUUGGAGGAUAUUUCCUCUGGUUGAAUCUUCCAGAUGGUAUUGAUGGAGAAUUGAUAGCACAGAUGGCAUUGGAAGAGGAAAAUCUCGUCGUGGCUAAAGGCAGUAUAUUUGAGGUUCAAGGCGAUGAUAGUGUCAAAUUGCCGAGGGGAUUGAGACUUUGUUUCUCGUGGGAGGAACCAGAUGAUUUGGAGGAAGGAGUUGUGAGGUUGGGAAAGGUUGUCAAGAAGGUUUUGAAUGGAGGUGCGAGGGACCGUGGGGAUAGGCAGGGAAAUAAAGUAUCGCUUGCGGAGUUUAAAUGAUGCGCAGAUGCUUAAUUAAAACGGGUUUGGAUUUUAGAAGACAAAGCUUGAGGGUACCAGGUGGAUGAUGUGAUGUGGAGUUUUUUCAGGCCAUCUAUUGAGGUAAAACGACCUCGAGGAAUUUUGUGAAGCAUUCGUUGGCUACUUUACAGAAAGGCUAAGCGUUUCCAAUACUUUUUACCGAGAGAUUUUUCUCAAAUCAACCCUUACACUUUUAUUUCUUAAAAUACUUUCCGACAACUACUGACAAGAUUUAGGGAAGACAGUGUAUGCAUUUAUGCCCAAGGCCCAAUUUGAGACUCGCUUAAAAAGCCAAAAAUAUAGUCCCGGCAUGGAAAACUAUUGACCAAGACAUGAAUUAUCAGUGAAUAGCUGUUAGGGAUUUAACUCUUCAACGCUGGAGAUAAACAUCAAUGAUUUGCAGCUAGAUAUGAGUCAAGAAUAGAUCGAAUACACUAGUAUAUACAUAGAAGUCAACACAAAAUAAGAUCAAAGAAUCCAAUGUACCAAAAAGAAUGGUA